GCCGCCACCAUCCGCGGCUACCAGGUCGUGCCCGCCAACAACGAGGACGCGCUCGCUGCCGCCGUCGCUAACCAGCCCGUGUCCGUCGGCAUCGAUGGAAAGCAGCCGAGCUUCCAGAUGUACAAUGGCGGCAUCAUGACCGGCGACGCCUGCGGCAUAGAAAUUAACCACGCGGUCACCCUGGUGGGCUACGGUGUCGAGCAGGAUGGUACAAGCUACUGGCUCAUCAAGAACUCGUGGGGCCAAAACUGGGGAGAAGGAGGCUACAUGAAGCUCCAGAGAGGCACGGGCGCCUGCGGCGUUGACAUGCUGGCAUCUUACCCUGUCGCAUGAACCUACCGAAGCACAAGAUACAUUAAUUAAAAUUAUUACUACGCUACUCCUAUAUAUAGAAUAAACACAACCUGAUUAACCGCAUGUGCUUGCUUUGAAGAGAUUAUUAAGGUGCACUCCCUGAUGUAACAUGAGAUUGUUUUACUAUCUAAUAUGUACUAUGAAUGAGCGAUUAUUUGUACAA